CGUUUUCGGUAUUUUUAGUUGGCGUUUCGAGUUGUCACAUCGUGGUUCCCUGUUUUAUUAUUUUUAUCAAUAAAGUUGAUUUAUAUUGUGUUAAAAUAUGGGCAAAAUAAAGAAGGAACCUGUUGAAGACGCCGACACUACUGGAGUUAGCAUAAAAGAGGAGGAUACCUACGAUGAUAAGUUAAAGAAUGUGAACGCUAUCUCCUCGCCAAUGGCAUCGAAGAAAUUGGCGAAAAAGUGCUACAAACUAGUGAAAAAAGCGGUAAAACACAAAACGUUCAUACGCAAUGGAUUGAAGGAUGUUCAAACGAGGCUUCGCAAGGGAGAAACUGGGAUCGUCCUGUUCGCUGGUGACGUGACGCCCAUUGAUAUCAUGUGCCACUUACCUGCUGUUUGUGAAGAAAAGGGCAUUCCUUAUACUUACACCCCCAGCCGGGCUGAUUUAGGUGCCGCAAUGGGAGUGAAACGAGGCACCGUCACGCUUUUGAUUCGGGAGCAUCCAGACUACAAGGAAUUGUUUGAUGAAGUGAAACAGGAAGUCUCGGUCUUGCCGAUUCCGACGUGAAGACUUGCAGAAUUAUAUUCUUAGGCUCUAAGUGUACAAUUGUUUAAGUAAUUUUAAUACAGAUGAAAUGCUAUCGAAAA